CUGGAAUCAGUGGACCUCUUGCAUGCAGAUGCAACAGAUGAGAACAUAGGAUCACAGAGUCUGGUCUGCUAGGCAAGACGGGCAGACUUUGCGAGGCACCGCUUGACUCGCGACCCGAUUUUGCGGACGUGCUCUCGGAGGGUGAAAGUGUGACAAGCACCGUAACCAUGGCUGCGGCGCCGAACUUGGAUUCUUGGAAGCAGCGUGCAACGGAGGGCGUCUUCAAGGUCACCUUGGACCGCAACAAGGCUGAGGACACAGCGUGGGACCUCAUUUACCUCAAGGACGUUGCGGAAGAGCUGAGCCAGGAGAAUGCCGGCCAAGCUCCCAUAGCUUCACCGGACAUCGCGGAUCGACUCCUGAUCGCGAGGCUGCAGCUCGAUCCGGACGGCGAGAAUGUAACCGACGACGCGGACAAGCUUACUGCGUUAGCCAGUCUCGACAAGGAAGAGACAUGCUGGGACUACCUCAUUCGAGCAUGGAGGCGGUGUAAGCAAGAAGAGCUCUCAUUGAAAAAGACGCUGCCGAAUGCGCUUGCACCAGCUCAGGCCGUUCUCGAUGAACUUCGCGGGCUCAUCGUUUCCUACCUCGGUCUGCUCAUCCAGACACCCGACAUGUUUCCUUGCAAUACGAAACCGAAUGGCAAGGCGAUCAACGCACUAUGUCUUCUCCCUUCCAUCGUCAAGACUUCCUCUUUUGUUUCUAUGGGUGCCUUUCCUUCCACCAGCUCAUCACAGUCGGCAUUGCUCAAAAAUGAAUGGGCUUCCGUAGAGCCUCACGAGACGCCUUUCUUGCUUGCCGACUUGGCCAAUCGCUUUAGCGAAGGCGACGACUUUUCCGAACUGCAAGAUAUCCUGGGCCCGACACUUCAAGAGAUUAGCAGGCGUAUCUUAGAAGGUGAGGAGGUCGCGCCAUCAAGCUCGCGUGGGCCUCCUACACCAGGCGGAACUGGCGGCAGCGCCGCCCCGCCUCCGGCUCUCGCAGGACGAGGCCAACUCUCCCCGCAAGCGCUAGCGCAGGCAGCGCAGACUGGCAACAUACAAGCCGUGCUAGCGCACCUGCUCGGCCAGCGCGGUGCUGCUAGGAUGCCGGGUGCAAACACAGCCGGAGCACAGGAUGCGAUGGACGUAGACGAGGGGGAUGAUGCUUUUACAGAUAUCCCUGGCGCACUGCGCAAGACCAAGGAAGGCCCGAAUAUCACUGGUCUGGAAUGGCGGCCUUACCUGACAGCACUUGUGGAGGCAGCGGGCAAUAAACGAAUCGCUGAAUUUAUGACCAAACUGAACUCAUUCGACCCUGAAGGCGUCAAAACGCCGCAGCUAGAGCGCAAGUCUCUGCUCGGGCCAAUCCUGCGGCUGUCGGUGUUUCCUGAUGCAUACCCUUCCAUCACGGAGCAAUUUUUCAGCAACGCCAAGAGCAGGAACCGCGCGGACAUUGAGAUGAAUGCCAACUCGCUGCGAUCUACGAUGGAAAUCGUGCAGAGCUCGAACUUCCGGAUAUGCAACUCGAUCGUGCGGAGCGGGCCGAUGGCGAGGGAGGAGAUGCUGCGUUACUGGGGGCGCGCUUGCGACUUGAAUGCCAAGCGGGCAGGGAUGCGGGUGAAAGCGAGCGCCGUCUCGACCGACGCGUUCAUGGUCAACCUCUUCGAGCUGACCCUGCGCUUUGCGGAGCCCUUUAUGGACGCGAGCUAUUCGAAGAUUGAUCGAAUAGACAUGGAGUACUUCCGCCAUCAGAAACGCUUUGACGCAGCAAACCUUACGCGCCUCAACGCCUCUGAACCCGAGGCCGCCAAGUGGGUGUCUGAUGCGGGCACAGCCGCCUCAGCGCCCAACUUCAUCACCGAAACCUUCUACCUGGCAACCCGGCUGUGCACGUUGGGGCCGGUCAAAGUGAUUCGCAACUACCAGGAGCUGGAGAAGGACAUGCGGCGCAUGAAGAAGCGUGCCGACGAGUACGAGGGCGAUCGAGAGCAGUGGGCGAGCACUCCGCAAGCCCCGCAAUACGAGGCCUUCAUCAAACGUACACGCGAAGCGGUCGAUCGCAUGCAAUCGACGCUCAUCGCGUACAACGUUCAGCUACUCGACCCAGCUUUCGUCACCAGAAUGGUAAGCUUCACGAGCCUGGUGAUGACUUGGCUUAUCCGCGUCGCAGACCCACGACGCGCGCAUCCACGCAAGAUGGUCGAGCUUCCGCUUCCGGACCAAGCUGCAGUGGAAUUCACCAUGCUGCCAGAGCACAUAUUUGAAGAUGUCUGCGAGUUCCUACUAUUCAUCGCAAAGUACCGGCCGCAGAGCUUGACCGAACCGGCGAAGAACGACCUCGUGUCGUUUUGCACCACAUUCCUGCUUUCCAGCGCGUACAUCAAGAACCCCUUUUUGAAGGCCAAGCUUGCCGAGAUUCUCUAUUACAACCUAUGGGAGUAUGGCAAUGCACGGCAGGGCAUUCUUGGCGACACGAUCAACAUCCACCCGCUCGCGUUGUGCGGCCUCGUGCCUGCACUCAUGUCAUUUUGGGUCGAGGCUGAGUCGACGGGGUCUCACACGCAAUUCUACGACAAGUUCAACAUCCGUGCUCACCUCUGCAAAGUCUUCGAGACGAUCUGGACCACUCCGCAGCACAAGCAGCGCGUCCAGGAAGAGUCCAAAAAGGCGCGAUUCGUCACAUUCAUCAAUCGCAUGAUGAAUGACGUCACUUUCUUGCUCGAUGACGCGCUGGAGAAGCUGCAAGAGCUGCACAAUAAACAGCAGCUGAUGGACAAUCCGGCCGAAUGGGCUGCUCUCACUGGCGAACAGCAACAGGAGCAUUCGAGCCAUAUGCGAGGUGUCGAAGAGCAGGUGGGGUGGAUGCUGCAAUACGGCCACCAAUUCCUCAACAUGCUCAUCAAGUUUACUGAGGAGACAAAAGACGCCUUCAUGGAGCCAGAGAUUGUGGACAGGUUGGCUGCCAUGCUCGACUUCAAUCUAGACGUCUUGGUCGGUCCUAGAUGCCAGGAACUCAAGGUUAAAGAGCCAAAGAAGGUCGGCUUCAACCCGAGGCAUCUGCUGCAGCAGAUCCUCUCGGUCUAUCUCAACCUUGCUGCUCGCAAAGAGUUCAUCAAGGCAAUCGCCAAGGACGGGAGAAGCUACAAGAAGGAGAUAUUCGUGAAAGCAGCAUCAAUCGCAUCCAGACAUAUGCUCAAAAGUCCAGCGGAGAUCGAAGCGCUAGGGGGGCUCAUAGAGCACGUCGAGGAGACAAAGGGCAAGGAAGAGGAGGAGGAGGAGGACCUUGGCGAGAUUCCAGAUGAGUAUACUGACCCGCUCAUGGCGACUCUGAUGAAGGAUCCCGUACGCCUGCCUUCAUCAAAGGCGAUCCUAGACCGUGCCACAAUCAAAGCGCACUUGCUCAGCGAUGCAUCUGACCCCUUCAAUCGCAUGCCUCUGAAGAUUGAGGAUGUAUUGCCCGCCGAUGACCUGCGCGCAGAGAUUGAGGCCUUCGUUGCAGCGCGUCGGAAGAACAAAACAGCUUCAUGAUGCAAGGCGUCCGGUGCAGCUGAUCACGUAUUCUCAACAAAGUUUAUUCAAUACGUUGCAGCAAGUCGCGCUUGGAGAUAUUCCCCGCCUGUGAUGCCUUCCUUGUGCAGCAAACUGGCAAACUUCGUCUUGUCUAUUUCACUGCGCCAGUCCUCUUUGAGAGGUUCUAAACGAGCAUUCUCAUCUGGUUGGCAGAAAUAGGCGCUACGAUAUCGAGUACCGUGAGCUGGUUUGGCUUUCAUUCUGCGGCAUUGCGACGCGAUGCUGCGUCGACUUGAAUCUGGACGCAGACCAGAACUCCAUUGCAUCCGCGACGUUCACCACGAUGCAGCCGGGCUUUGGAGGUACAUCAAUCCAGUGACCACCGUGACCGUUUGUUAGGUCCACCUG